AUGAACUCGUACGUUGAUAUGGAGAUCCGUAAGCUGGCCACGAUGGUGCUACUCGACUUAACGGCUUAUCACUACGAGUUUAUUCAGCAACGCUUGAAUCAUCAUCCCUGCUACAAGAAAUCGGCCAAAUUUGUGAUCCUUAUGGGUGGCGCCAGCUUCGAUCGGAAGGAAACGGCAUUGAAGUAUCUGCACAAGUUUGAAAUCCUUAACUUUGUGCUCAUCCCUUUCACGAAUUCGUCCGAAUCCGUCUCGGUGUAUACCUGGAAUCAGUACACUGGGCAGGAGCACUACUUCCGUUCAACCGAUCGUCCGGUACACCGCUUUUUCCCCGACAAACUGCGCAAUCUUAAUGGUUACCGAUUCACGAUGUACGGCGUCACCAACUAUCCGUAUUUGAUGUACGGUUCCAAAGGGAAAGGAUACGGCCUGGUACCAAACUUUGUGAACAUUGUAAUCCGGAAGCGUUGCAAUGGUACGACCUACCACAGCGAUGAUUCCCUACUGCGCAACGUAAUGGAUGCGAAUUUUAACCUCCAGGACGAGCGGUUCAGCUUUAAAAACACGAUAUACUUUCGGGAGGAAACGGGCAUUUAUCUCGUAUGUCCCGUGCGCUCCGUGCGUGACUUUCUCCGGCAUCUGCUGAAACCGUUCUCGCUCGGGAUAUGGCUCAUUCUGGGUGGAUUGUUCGCGCUGUGUCGAGUGGCUGAGAUUCUGUUCCCGACCAUAUACCGGUACGAUCUGAUCGCCGUAACGUUCUUCGGCGGUGGUGGCGCUGAGUAUCGGCAACCUUUUGCCUUCCGCAUCGUCACGCUGACCCUUGCGGUGCUGAUGUUCUUCCUGUCCGAAGCGUAUAAUACGAAAAUUAUCUCACUGAUGUCGUUCGCAAAGUUUACUGAGCAGCCGCAAACACUUGAUGCGAUACAGCAGUCGGACCUUCGAGUGUUUAGUGAUUUCCCGUACAUUAUUCUGCCGAAACAUGGUGCAUAUCAAGCAGGCGGUUUAAUCAGUCACUUUUUUAACGAUGUUGGGCGCAAAAAGCUCAACCUGUCGUACGUCUUUCAGAUAAUUGACGAUGAGGAAGUGGAGGCAUCAUUCAAUGCGGCCUCAUUUCGGGAGCACUUUCAGCACGAGAUAGAUUUGCGUGAAAUGGGAGGCAUGUGUAUGCUCUGUCCCGUUGAUACGGGGCGUGAUUUUCUUACCCAUCUGCUGAAGCCUUUCUCGUACGGUAUCUGGAUUGUGUUGGGAGCAGUGUAUCUGGUCUGCCAGUUUCUGCAACAUCGCUACCCAGCCAUUUUUUGCUACGAUCUCACAUUGCUAACAUUCUUCGGAGGUGGUGGCGUUGAGUACAGGCAAGCGUUUGCGUUUCGUAUCGCCCUUCUUAUCCUGGCCAUGUUACUAUUCUUUCUCUCCGAAGCGUACAACACAAAGAUCAUCUCACUGAUGUCAUUGUCAAAGUUCUACGAACGACCAGAAACGAUGUUUGAGUUCCGGGCAACGGAUUUUCGCAUCGUACUCGAAACACCUAGACCUUUACUGUUGGGAGAUCUUUACCCUAAGGUGCUCAACCCUAGAGAAACUGCUCGCCUGCGCCGGAAGCUCGGCAUUCGAUUGUAUCGUCACUAUUGUACGAUCAUAGCAUGCGGCGAUGCCUGGUUGAUCGCAUUGUCCGAGUUUGAGGCAGAUUCCUUUCCGAUGUACGUGUUGCGCGAGAAAGCGAUCGAAGCUACGCAAUCGAUGCAGUUUGCCAAGAACUCACCGAUCGCCGGAACGAUGAAGCGCUACUUUGGGCUGUACUGCGACACGGGCCUGUGGCAGCGGCAAAAGGAUCGGCACAAUCUCAUUCUGGAAGGACUUUCCCUAAUGAGGGAAACGUUUUCGGAGGUAAUCUUCUACUACGAGGAUCUACAGUGCGUUUGGAUUUUGGUGGUGGUUGGAUGGUUGAUCAGUAUGAUCGUGUUUGUGGGAGAGGUGGUUUGGUGUCGAAUGCAUAAAUCAAAACAAAAACCAUGUCGUGUGGUGGUGCUUUGCGGGGAUGCAUUGCCACACAAAGUUUCAUAGAUUAUUUCCAGUAACAGUGGUUUCUGCAAGC